CGGGAAUGUAAAGUGUGCAACAGUGCAUGAAAUUGGUAAUAAUUGAGGAUUUUGCUGUCCCCAAUUUGAUGAUGCCACCAUGUUCAAAUUAAUCAAAUGUAUAUGGUUAAAGUGAGCAUUACGCACACGACGUCCACACUGUGACACUUAAUCAUUGACUUUGUGUCAACACAUCUGCUGUUUCAAAGGUCUUUCUGAGCAGACACGAUGAACAAGACUGACUGGACGACAAUGAACAAAGAUGCUGAGGAUCCUGCAAGGAACAACCAGAGGCACCUUUCUCCCAUAGUGGCUAUUCGCAGAGUUGGAGCGGCAGUAUUCACCAAGCCGCUGGUCACACAGGAUGUCUGCUGAUGACGUCAUUAGAGCCCAUGUGGCAGCGUUAAAAUCAGGUACGGAAAAGGCUCGUGCUGUCACUCAGACUUUGCUUGAUGUUCCAUACGGUGAUGGUGACGGCGAGAAUCUGGAUGUUUAUGUUCCCAGCAGCUCUUCUCCAGAUCUGCCACUGGUGAUUUACCUGCAUGGAGGGUACUGGCAGUUUCUCAGUAAGGAUGAGUCUGGAUUCCUGGCCGUCCCAUUGGUGCAGAAAGGUGUGGUGGUGGUCGCCGUGGGUUACAGUAUCGCCCCCAAAGGAAAUAUGGAUUUGAUGGUGUCACAGGUGCGGAGAAGUGUGGUGUCUGUUAUUCAACAGUAUUCACACAUCAGUGGUCUUUACCUGUGCGGUCACUCGGCAGGUGCACACCUGGCUGCUAUGGUCCUGUCCACUGAUUGGUCCCAGUACGACAUUUCACCCCAGAUUAAAGGUGCAUUUCUCGUUAGUGGCAUUUACGACCUGCAGCCGAUACUCUCCACCUAUGUGAACGAGCCCCUGAAGAUGACCGAGGAAGUGGCGUUAAGGAACAGCCCCAGUCGCCUGCUGUCACAGCUCCAGCUCUCGUCCUCUUCCUGUCACAUAGUGAUCGCUGUAGCACAGAACGACUCGCCGGAGUUCCGCAAACAGUCCGAGGAAUAUUUCAAAGAUUUGGAAUCCGCUGGACUCAAAGUCUCUUAUGAGGACGUUCCAAACACAGAUCACUUCAGCAUCAUAGAGCAACUUGUUGAUGAAAAUUAUCACCUCACUAAGCUUCUGCUAAAGAUGAUGGGGAGAAGCUGAUGAUCCCACAAUGCACUGCUCUGUCACAGACCUGUGAGUUGAUCUCAGUGGUGUGUUUUUGGUUAAAAACUGUGUAUGUAAUGUUUUAAAAUGACAUGCAUCCAAAUGUGAUUAUUGAAAUUAUUGAAACUUUAAGUUACAAAUGAAUGUAGCAAUUAUUUAAUAGAUGACAUUUGAAAUGACACUGUCAAACUGUUCAAUUGUCUUAAAAGUUACAGCAGGCAAAUUCUUGCACAAAUGUAUGUUCUGUGUUGUAUUGAAUUGACUGCUGGAAAAAGAAAAACAUUUAAAACCACUUGAAGAGGAUUUUACUUGUCAGGCUGGUCUGAUUGGAUGGUUUUAGCUGUUUCUUUUCUUUUUCUCAGCAGGUAACUGAAUGUACAUUUACAUUAAUUUGGCAGAAUAUGUUGUUAGUGUAUUAUUAAUGUGCAUUGAACAGACUAAAGUUUAAUAAAAUGCUGUUAUGAAGCA